AAAACGUCAAAGUGACAUUUGGCAUUUUGUAAACAAAUGUUCAGUGUGCAGUGGGUUUUUAUUUUAUAAUUAAUUAAAAGAAAUCAUAUGAAACAUCCAGCUAAUAAAGACAUGGUUAUUUAUGGAGUUUAUAUCGUGAGCAAGUCAGGAGGGCUCAUAUACAACUAUGACCACAAUAUCCCGAGAGUGGAGACAGAAAAGACAUUCGGUUUUCCUUUAGACAUCAAACUAGAAUAUGAAAACAAGAAAGUUGUAGUCGUUUUUGGGCAAAGAGAUGGAAUCAACGUUGGCCAUGUUUUGCUCUCUGUGAACGGUUCCCCAGUCACUGGUCGCACGACAGAAGAUGGAAGAGACGUGUUCGAUAUUAUAGGAGUCAAAGAUAGCUAUCCCCUGAGCCUGAAGUUUGGUCGUCAGCGAGCCACCACCAAUGAGAAGAUAGUCCUGGCCAGCAUGUUCUACCCGCUGUUUGCGCUGGCCAGCCAGCUCAGCCCCGUGCCCAAGAGCUCGGGCAUUGACACGCUAACUGCCGACUCCUUUAAGCUCUCUUGCUUUCAGACUUUAACUGGUGUGAAAUUCAUAGUAGUGACAGACCCAAACAUGCAAGGCUCGGAUGUGGUGCUCAGGCGGAUCUAUGAGCUGUACUCAGACUAUGCGCUGAAGAACCCAUUCUAUUCUCUGGAUAUGCCCAUCCGCUGUGAGCUGUUUGAUACCUCUCUACAUACGCUGCUGGAACUUGUCGAGAAGUCUGGCACCUCCAAUGUGUAGUCCAAGUGUUGAGUGCUAAAAUAUGCAAAAAACUAAGCACUUGAAUCAAACCUCACCCGUUGGAGGUAAAAAAGCACAUAAAUAUAACUUAUAUAGGUGUAAAUAUUUUUGAUUGUUAGCAAAUAAGUUACUAUUAAAACUAUAUAUGUUAUUUAAAUAACUUUGCGUUUGCUUUAACAAGUUAGAUUUAGAUAGGUUGAUGGAAACAAAACACAAAACCCUUCCUUAUCAAACCUGUGAGUCAUCAAUAUUCUAUACUAAUAAAGUUAGUUUGCAAUCGAUAAACUCUAAAACUAUUUAAGUUUUAAUAAAUCUUUCAUCAUUACAAAAGUAUCCAGAAAUAUAUUACUUAUGUAUAUACAUAUAUACGUAUAUACGUAGGUACUACUCAUACAAAUGUCUGCCAAGAGAAGCCAGGCGGAUCAGCUAGUCAAUGAUAAAACUACAAAAAUAAUACAACUGGGCUUACAUAGUUAGCCAAGGUUGAAUUGAGAGGAGGUUACGAUAAAAUUAAACACAGGAUGUAUGAUAAAAAAAUUUAUUGAUAUAUAAUCAUUAUCUAUUUAUAACAAUCGAACGCGCCACCUCUAUGCCUACCUAUCUAUCUUUAUAUUAUUAUUUAUUUAUCAUCUAUGUAGGUGUUCUACUUGUUUGGACAGCAAGGGCCAACCUUAAACCAAAAUAGCGAAACUCUUUGGUAAGAAAGUAUCUAUCGUUAUCGACAUCAAGCUCUACCCUUUCAUUGGUUGGAAUUGCUGUUCACAUUUUUGACAGCCAAUCAAAGGGCAGAAUUUGCUAUGGAUUACGAUGAAUACCUACGUUUUCCUACGCAAUCGUGGCCAGUGUUCGGUAUAGAGAAUUAUAGAUUACAGAAUAACAUUUGGUGUAGGAUUUCUCCGAGCUGUCCCAAACAACUAAAACACAUCGAUCGCGCUUUGUACUUCUACACACAACACUCACACCGCUAUUGCCUGGUUUUUGGUACGAUGUGAACUCCGGGACACUUCACACAUAACUCGUGCCUAUAAAAAAUUAAUCGAAAAUGGAGGCGCUAAACAUUCCUUCUCACUCCCACUAUUCACAAACAAUAUAGUGUGUAAGUGAGAGGGAAUGAUUAGCGCCAAUGGGGCUCUAUUCUAAGCCUGCGCUGUCCGUCAGUCUGUCAGUGAGCUGUAUUUCAAGAAACUUAAUAGGAGAGUUGAGAGUGAGUAUUUUUAUUGCCGCAAUAACAACAAAUAAUAAUAAAACCAAGAUGGCGAAUUUCAAAAUGACCACCAUGCAAAUUAAAUGUUAUGUUUAAUAUGAUGGUGCGGGACCCUUCGUGUGCGUUUCCGACUCGCACUUGCCAGGUUUUUGAUUAGUUUCUUUAUUGGUCACGAGUUAUAUUGAUACAAUUGUUUACCUUUUGCUGUACCUAGGUGAUAAAAAAUUUAGACUUCUUACACCAUGUCUUUCUACUUCCGUUGUGGGUGUAUCAGUAUAGACAUUAUACUGUAUUUUUUUAAAUGUAUAUCUAAAAUCACAGGUUAUAAAUUCGGUGAAUAGACCAAUGGACAUAAUUAUUGAUAUCUUGUUAUUGCAUAAAAUUUCUAUUUAAAAUUAUUUUUAGGCAUUAUAGUAAUUUUUUUUAACAG